UCUCAGGAUGACUGCAAGCUAACAUAUUCUGAAAUGACCUGAAAGAUUGCCAAUGCCAUAUGUUACUGAACAGCUCAGGUUCAACCUUGAGAGAGCUAAUGCGGCAAUCAACAACAAAGCAGCAAUAAGACAACCCUCUCCUAUGCUUUUUAAUGGGAUAGAAAACCAUCAUGACAACAACAACACAAUGGAGAGAGCGAUGCUUCUUGCCAAGAGAGAUAUUCGCCUUGGGAACUUAUUCAAAGAUGAUGACUUGGAUCACAUUCCAGUAAAAGAGGUUAAAAUAAAGAGCCCUGAAAAACUGGUCUCUAACAAUAAUUUAAGCCAGCACAAACAUGGCUAUGUAAAGGCACCAGCACGUACCUCUUUCAGUCCAGGACGCCCUUAUGUUUCCCACAGUCCGAAUAGAAACCCUGUUGAAUCGAGAAAAGCUUCAGUAUGGAGACCAAACAAAUCAGCUUCGUUCAGAGUUAAUAUUCCUUCUGCAGCACCUGAUUCAACUGCAAACAAAUCUAUAAAGUCUAUUUCUAUGAUGAUUGACAACAUAGAACAUGCUUACAUUGAUCUUGGUAAGCCAGUAAGCAAACAAGGGUAUCCAGAUCCUAUUGUAGAACUGAGGCUUCAGCGCAGAGUUGAAGAACAGCGGAGGCAUUUGUGUAGACUUCUUUACAACACAAAACGCCACGUUUCUGAGCUUGUUGGCCAGCUGAAGCGCACAGCAUUUAUUCACAGAGGAAUCGUGUUGACUCAAAGUAAUGUGUUCAGUCAUAUGAGCACAGCAUACAGAUCACUGAUGAGUGCUUUAAACAGUUUCAUACGUGUUUCACGAACCUUGCAAUCUACUUACAUGACAGACCUUGUAAAGAAAGUGAGAGGUGAUUUAAAACUGCUUCUUCAGGAGUUAAGGACAAUCUGUGAAUUGCAGGAUGUCCAAAUUUCAACAUUAAUAUCUCCUGCCCCUUCUCCGUCACAAGUUGUUUCUACAAAUAGUGUUAUAGGACCUGCUGGUAAGCUUAAUCUUGCUGAUAAAGUGAAGCAAGCAACUGGAUCUCCUUUGAGCCCGGAUAGGAAUGAAAGUUUGAAAGCUGCUCUUAAGUCACUUAUAGUCAACAAUAUGUCAAAGAUGAAUAUAUCUGCAAAAGAAAAGUCCCGACCUCCAAAAAACCUUGUUAUCAACAAAAAAGCACCUUCUACAAAACCAUCUAAUUCAAAGGUAAUCAAGCCUAAGUCAAAAGGGAAUGUUUCACGAUACAAUAAUACCUACAAACGAGCUAUGUCAGCUGGUGUGAAGAGGGGAAAGAGACCUUUAGGAAAACCAUUACAUGAGCCUUUAAGACCAACCUCUGCGCCAAAUAAAGCUAAAUGGGAUCCAUUGGAGAUUAGAGGAAAUGUGACUCCUCUUAUAACAGAGCGAGAGGUAGCAAGACAAGCUUGGAUUGAUGAGCUUGGAAGAGGUAACUGCCCUGCUUCUCCUGAGUUAACACUGUCAACUGGGGAAUUAUCACAUGCCGAAGAGAAAUUUGAUGAAAUCAAGGCAGUUAUACCUUCACCUAUUUCAAUCCCUUGUGCAGAACCAAGCUUCAAGACCAAAGAACUGAGCACAACAAUGACACAAUUAUUGGGUCAAUUAGAAGAAAUUCAAAAGGAAGAUGAUGAUAUCAGAAGCAGGUGGUUGCAUAUGCAAUACAGCAAUCCCUUAAACAUGACUGAAGAGGUUCCUCUAGUGUGCUUACCGAGUGCUGAGCUUAUCCCCACAAGUAUUAUAGCUACUCCACCUGCUAUUCACAGUCAGUGUACAAAAACUGGGUUAGCUUUACUGAACUUUCCUAAGCAGAACAUGCGUCAAAUUGAGAGUUACAAAAAUGCAAUGCUCCAGUAUUUGAGACUCACCAAACAUUUUAAAACAAGUGGGUUUGAUCCUUGGGCCACUAUUAACAAUAUAGUUGAUAACAUCGCUGACAACCUUGUGGAUGAUGUUUGUAACGAAAUUAUUAAUUCUUGUGAUGGAAUAGCUGAUAAUAUUUAUCUAUCUGAGUUUCUUCCAGCAUGAGUUGUUUUCCUUGCUCUUACAUAUUUAUAAGCCAACUGGUUAAAGUUCAUUGUUACAUUGCACAACUCGUCAUCAGAAAUUUUAUGACUUAACUUUUGUUAUGCAUGGUUGUAACAUCGACAAAUUAUAUUACUAUGACUUAUCGUAUCGACAAUUUUUAUAUGAGAUAUUUGGGGACAGAUUAAACUUUAAUAAAUGCAUGUCAAUCUAUUACACAUUGCACAAGGUAUCGAUAAUAUUGUGUACUUUAGUAUUAUAUUUUAUUCCAGAAUACAGAACAUUAUGAUUACAUAUUUAAUGUAACUUUGUGAAUUAAAUAAAACAAUAAAACUGCAGAUUAUGUUACAGAUUGCGUCUCAUUUUCAGGUCAUGCUUGACUAAUUUUCAGAACAGAUUUAUUUUAAAUAACAGUAUAUAAUAAAUAUUGUAAACUACAAUCAUAGUCCUUAGAAUAAUCCCUGUUGAUAUUUUAAAACAAUUCGACUUUCUUUGCUCAUAAAACAUGACUUUUAUAGUUUAAAAAAGGACUACUAAUAUAAUUGGAAAUGUUCCGUGUUCACGAUUACCAAAUUGUGUAAUUUCAGAAUUACAGUCAUUUAAUAAUUAGGCCC